AUGCCCCUGCAAAGCGCCCUCGACAAGCUCGCGCACGAGAGCGAUGCGAUCGCGUCGCUCUCGCGCGCCAACGCCCGCCCACCCGGCCCCUUCACCUCGGCCUACCUCUACCUGUCGGGCGGCAACGUCUUCUCGCUCGUGCGCGACGCAACGGAAGCCGAGAAACGGCCGUUCGGCCGCCUCCUCCCCUCUCUCCCGAAGGGGCGGGCGUCUUCUCCACUGCGCAAGCUCGCGCGUGCGCGCGGCACGCCACACGAGUUCCAGGCGACGCUCGCGGCCGCGGAGGAGGUCAUCGACACGAUGGCGGCCGAGCACAGCAUGGCGCGCGCGCGGCGCGAGGUUGAGGGCUUCGCGGCACGGCACGAAGCAAACACCGCACGCGCGGCCGAGCUUGAGCGUGCCCUUGAGGAAGUCAUCCACAGCCCGAAGAAGGAGGUGGCGCAGCGCAGCGUCGACGAAGCCAUCGCGGCGGAAGAGGAGGCGCUGCGCGCCCUCGAAGAGAGCUUGGCGCCACUGAGGCGGCGCGUAGCAGAACACAAAGCUGCGAUGCGCAGUCCCGCGCGCUCGCCCCGCUCACCCGUAUCGCCGAAGAUAUCCAAGACGCCCGCGUCGCCCCGCUCCCCCCUCAACCAGUCAAGCAAAGCCAGCACGUCUCCACUUACCACGCCGCGAGCGCCGCGCGCGCCGAAGCCCGCCCGCCCCGCGCAGUCGCCGAACCUCGGCACCUCGCUGCGCGCAUCUACGUCGCGCACGCCCGCGCGCCAGCUCCUCCAGACCCCGCGCGUAGACAUCACCCGCUUCUCGCCGCUCACGCUCGUCGCGACGCCGCGCACGCGCCUCGGCGCCCCCGCGCCGGGGAGCACCAUCGUGUCGCGCAUGCGCGCGAGCAUCACCCCCGCCCCGCGCAGCGCGUACCGCUCCUCCGUGUUAUCGCGCUCCACGGCGCGCAUGCCCUCGCCCAUCGCCGAGCCCCUCAUCCCCGACCCGACGCCGAGCAAAACCCCCAAAGCUUCGCCGAAGGCCAAGCUGACGUCCCAGCCCGUGCCCAAGCCCAAGCCCAAGCCGUCGCCAGCCAAGAGCCCGACGACGAGGAAGGUGCCAAAAGCGAACGCACAGGACGGCAUCAACAUGUCGCUCGACGCCGUCGGCGUCGCCUCCGCGUCUAUCCGCCGCGCACUCCCGCCAGAAAUCUGGCGCAUGCUCGGCGCCGAGCCUGGCGCGGAUCCCGGCGCGACCAUCGCGCACCUUGAGGCGCUGGCGCGCGCCUCACUUCCUGCCCCGCCUUCCCCGACUUCCUCGGAAGUGCCGUCGACAGCGAGCACGGCCGCCGACGCGCCGCCCGUCACGCGCGAAGCUGUGCUCGUCGCGCACCUCUGUCUCGGGAUGCUGCGGCGGCUGGGGCCCGGCGCCGUCGACGACAAGGCCAACCACGUGCCUGAGGCGGAUGUCAAGGCUGAGCUUAUCGCUGUGGCCGGCGCGAAGGGAUGGGAUGGUGCAGACGCGCUCGCGCACAACGUCAUAUACCAGGCGCGAGGGCAUAAGCUGCUCGGGACAGUGUGGCGGGAUCGAAAGAUCCACUUCCGGAAAUAG